AUGCUCAAGUUUGUCGCUCAGCCGUUGGAUUGCCUGCGGGAUCAAUGUGGUUGGCACUUUGUGAUGGAGAUCUUGCCAUUCCAGCUUCUGCUGCUUGUUUUGCGAUGGAGCCACUUCCACCCGGAGAUCGUGCGCGCUUGUGCUAAGAAGCUUCGAAGACAAACGCGACUUAUCCCUCAAGCACGCGUGUGGCAGGAACUUGCGGAGCUACGAGAGCGAGAAAGUAAAUUGUGGACUGGACUGUACCCGAACACCGACCAGCAAAGGCAGACGGAAUCACCGGAGUACUCAAAGCAAGAACAAACACCGUCCCUCUUGUGCACGAUGUCUCAGCCUCAAGCAGAGUCAUCAAAGCUCACUCGGCUAUCUGAGUGCUGUCUGUGGGAUACACAAAAGCAAUUUUACAAGGAUCAAGGGAUUCGGGCGUGGAGUUCUGGCGCUAUCCCCUUUGGUGUGUCGAGUAGCUCCUUCCUGGCUGCAUCUUACGCGCGUGUUGUGGUCGACUUUCUGCUAAGCAACGCUGAUCACGUUAAACCUUCAGUUAAAAACAAUGGUCGGCCGAACUGCUUCGUGUGGGAGGCAGCCAGCGGCUCAUGCAAGUUCCUGCACUCGUUCAUGUCGCACUUUACGGAUCUCGUGGAGGAUAACGAUGAGUUUAGAAGACGAGGGUUGGUACCGCUCGUCGUGGCCACGGACUUGAGCAAACAAGUGCUGAGUUCUCGUCGGCAGAUGGCUUGCUUUCGCCCGUUCAUUGAGCGCGGUCAGCUGGACUUUGCCAUCUUUGACACGCACGAGUUUAUCAGUGGAAGUUCUUCGAAAAAGACGCUGGAGUUGGUACAUGCAGGGCGACAGUGGCGUGUCGGCAGUGACGGUCCCGUUGCGUUGAUAGGCAACUACUUCCUGGAUUCGCUCCGUGCUGACGUAUUUGCCGUAGCCAUUCAACAAGAUAGUCCAGCGAGCAUUGGCUCAAGUUCCAACGGCGGUAGUUCAAGUGAGCGCGUCGUGAUUCAGGCAGCUCUACUGGAUAGCGACACAUCAAGUAUCGCUGACAUGGACAUUUGCCUUCAGCCUAUUGAAGAUCCAAGCACACGAGCAGUUUAUGAAGACAGUCGACUGAAUGCCACGCUCGUCCAAGUACUAAACCAAUUCCGAUCUCGUGCUGGUACUGAACCGGUCUCAUCAACCGGACUGGUCCUGUUUCCUGUUGAAGCGUUUGAGUUUUUCCUCACGCUAUUUGAUCGUGGGAGCGAGUCGGAAGCCUUUCCCAUUGCCGUGUUGGCUGGAGACGCGCGCUUUUCGUUCCGAGACGCCAUCUCAAGCGCGUUCAUCACAACAAAACCCGCUGAAGAUGGCUCAACUGAACAGAUCAGUCUCGAGCUACCGCAGCUUUCUCCUCACCCAGACUGUUUCUGCCUUCCUGUAGACUUUGAGAUCUUCAAGCUCUUCAUUGAGCACCUCGGCCGAAGUAAUUCCGACAUUACUGCGAGCUCGGAGCUUGUUUCCGCACCGGCAAGUGAUACCUUUGACGUGUUUUUCGCCACGAUCGAGCCACAGAAAACUGCAGACAGGUCGAUCACAAACCCGUUGGUCGCCAGCUUUAAGCACCAGUUUUCGCGCUUCACUCCGGGAGACUGCGACUUAUUGUGGGGCAUGAUGAGCUUCGACGACGGCGCGCGGUGCUUUUCUACCGAUACACUACUAGCACUGCUCGCCCAAACGGGCUGGGACUUCGAUUUGUUCGUUGUGUUAAAGUGGGAGCUGCUGAACCGGUUGAGGCGACAAGAGGGCAAUAGCUCAACAGAGAAGAAGCACUAUCAGCAACUCGUGGUCGAAGCAGGCACAAAAUCCUGGAGGACAUUUUACCACAUGGAGCAACAAAGUGAAACGGACAUCACCACACGAGGGAUACGACUGCAACUAGCACGCUGGUUCUAUGGUAAGACCCCGCAUCGUAUUGAAUGA